UUUUUUUUCGUAAGUCAUCCAACCAAGUCGACAAUUAGGAAUCAAUCCGCGCGAUUUCUUUCUGCCUGACCGGCGCAUGAAAAUUACCACACCUCCGCAUCAUCAAGGGAGAUGAGGGCUGUUCCUGGUAGACCGAGCGAAAAACCAACCAGAAAGGCUGCCGAAGGACAAUAGAGAAUCCCUGCUCACAAUGUGAUAGCUAGAUCCCUGUCGCCGACACGAGCUAGCAUGGGGGGUCCAAUGUCAAGGUUAGGUUGGGCUUUGGGAGGGAUGGUCCAAGACUGGCCGGCCCCACGCUUAUUGAUAUGCAACAUGACCGAGUCUGACCCAAAUCAUCAGCCCUACUUGCCGACUACGGGGGGCGUGUGUGGACGGCUCUUUUGUUUGCUCUGAGCGUUCGGG